AACAAAAGUCUUCAGUUUCAUACUUGGGGGAAAAUUAAAUAGCUAAUAAAUAAAUAAAAAAGGAUCAGAGGGAGUGAUAGAGAGAGAACAAGCGUUUCGUCCUCUUCUUCGUUUUCUUUCUUCCAUUAAUACAAAGCAAUCCUAAGCUUUAUUCAUCUUUCACUUCAGUUUCUCUGUCUCCAUUGAGAGUAACAAAAUUAUAUUUAAAAAAACUCUUUACUUUUCUGAUUCUCAUUUAAUAUCUCAAAUCAAAAGUUUCGAUUUCUGAAAGAAUCCUUCUCGUUCUGUUUGGUGGGUUUUGUUUUUGUUUUUAAGAGAAGUUUCUGUCAGAGAGAAUCGGUCGGGAUAUACCAAAGGUGUUUAAAGGGAAAAAGAUUUUAGGUUGGGAAUUGCCAUAAAGCUUUACCAUACUGGGGACUAAUGAGAGACGACUGAGAAGUUAUUACAUUUCCAAAAUUUUGCGUGGACUCGAUUAUGCUAAAGAUCUGAUCUCAGCAAGAGGUUGAGCCCAAGAAGAAGAAAAACAGGAGAGAUAAUGUGGUGGUGGUGUUCUUCAUCAAAAGGUCGUUCAAAUCUGGAGAGGUUUCUCUUAGGAGUCACUCCCAAGCCUCCUUCAUUUUCUCUUCCUCAGGAGGGGAAGAAAGGGAUAGAGUAUUUCACGCUUGGUGAUCUCUGGGAUUGCUACGAUGAGCUGAGCGCGUAUGGUUUUGGAUCACAUGUUGAUCUAAACAAUGGUGAAACCGUUGUGCAAUAUUAUGUCCCAUAUCUAUCCGCCAUCCAAAUCCACACUAACAAACCCGCUUUGACGUCCAGGAGCCUGAAUGAGGUGGUUGAGUCUGAGAGUAGUGAGUGUUGGAGUGAUAGUGAGAGUGAAAAAUUGUUGUCAAGAUCCAUGAGUAAUGAUUCAAGCAAAACAUGGGAUGCUGUCUCUGAAGAUUCGGUUUUUGAUCCAGAUGGUACACUAUUGCUGAGAGAUAGACUUGGUUACCUUGACUUCAAGUACAUAGAAAGAGAUACUCCGUACAAGCGUGUUCCCUUAACCGACAAGAUAAAAGAGCUCACUGAGAAAUAUCCGGGACUGAUGACCUUAAGGAGUGUCGAUAUGUCUCCUGCAAGCUGGAUGGCUGUUGCGUGGUACCCGAUAUAUCACAUCCCAAGCUGCAAGAACGAGAAGGACUUGACGACUGGCUUCUUAACUUAUCAUACGUUGUCUUCUUCUUUUCAAGAUAAUGUGGUGGAAGGAGAUCUUAGCAACAACAGUUUCAAGGAAGAAACAGAGUGUUGUGUUGCAAACAAGAGAAUCCCAUUGCCUCCGUUUGGGCUAGCUGCUUACAAAAUGCAAGGAGAUCUUUGGGGAACAACAGGGUUUGACCAGGACCGGUUGGUUUACCUUCAGAGUGCUGCAGAUUCAUGGCUGAAGCAGCUAAAUGUUGAUCACCAUGACUAUAACUUCUUCAUAAACUCCAACUUUUAAAGAUCAGUGGAGGGGUCCUCUUAACGUUUUACCCUUUUUUCAAACACUAAAAAAAACUAAAAAAAAAACAUAACACUGAGAACUGUUCUUUAUUGUUCCAAGCUCCUUGCUGUUUGUGUGUUUUCUUGGUUGUUGUCUGGCUCGUUGUGUUGCUUCAACACAACGGCCAUCGCGGAGUUUUUUUUCUUCUCAUGCUGCAAGCCAUGGAUGUUACUAAGAAGCUAACAGAGUUUUUCUCUUGCAUGAGACCAUGUAAAUGAAGUUGGCUACUCUUUUACUUCUCUUCUGUUUUCUUUUUUACUAAAUGGAUCUGUGAACUCUGUUUUGUACUUUUCUGUCUGAAUAUAUGAAAAUCUGUGCCUAUCUUGUA